AUGGUAACUGAGGAUGAAAAUUUAACUUUGGUGGCUUUGCCUAAUAUAGAAGAAGUUAAAAGUACAGUGUUUGCAAUGAAUGAUGACAGAUUUGCAGAAGAUUUUGUUGACAUGAUCUGGAGACUGAUUGCAAAUAAUUGGUAUUCAGUAAUGUUUAAUGGUCAGCCAUAUGGUUUCUUUCACUCUACUAAGGGGGUUAAGCAGGGUGACCGUUUGUCAUCAUCAGUUUUUAUACUUGCUGCUGAAAUACUGUCAAGAGCUUUGAACAACCUAUUUGAAGAUCCUAUGAUUAGAGGCUAUGGCUUGCCUAAGUGGAGUGCUGAUUUAAAUAACUUGAGCAUCAUGGAGGAGAAGAGGAAUGGGCAUUGGACAUCAUGGCAAAAUAUGUGUUUUCCAAAAGAGGAAGGGGGCAUGGGAUUGAGGUCUCUUUUUGAUAUUUCAAAGGCCUUGUUUGCAAAGCUAUUGUGGAGAUUCAGAACUAGUUGCACGCUAUGGUCCACAGUCAUGUCAAACAAAUAUUGCAAGAAACAUAUUCCAACUCUGGUUAAAUGCAAAGAAGGAUCACAGUUGUGGAAAAGAAUGCUAGAAGCUAGAGAUGAAAUGGAACAACACACUUGGUGGGAAACAAAAAAUGGUUCAUCUAGUCUAUGGUUCGACAACUGGACUAGACUAGGACCAUUGAUCAAACUUUUACAAGUUGGUUAUCAGGUCAAUGAAGAUUUAGAAGAUGUGUAUGCUGUGUUAUCAGAAGGAAAAUGGGAUAUUGAUCUGUUGCACACAAUAGUUCCUGAGGAAAUUAUAGAUCACAUAAGGUCUAAAUUGAUACUUCAGGAGGGGGAAAGACAAUGUGACAAACCAUGGUGGAUGCUGACAAGUGCAGGGAAAUUCACAGUAAGUAGUGCAUGGGAGAUUAUUAGACAGAAAAAACAGCAAUGUUGCAUGGUUCCUCAACAAGAAACUAUGAUUCAUCUGUUUUUAACUGGGGAAUUUGCAGCAGAGAUUUGGCAGGUAUUUGUAGCAGCAGUAGGAGUUAAUGGUCCUUUUGUACAGAUCAAUCAAGCUGUCACUAAAUGGUGGACAACAAAGUGCAACUCCAAGCUGAGGCCUUUUUAUCAAGCAGCUCCAUCCAUCAUUAUGUGGCAUUUGUGGAAAAGGAGAAAUACAAAGAAAUACUAUUGCUUGACACUGCUAGAGAAUUGGCCACAACUGGUGCAGGUUUUAGAAGUUCAUCAGCCAUAUAUUACUUGUACAACUGUGCAGUGGUUAGUUCCUCCAACAGGGAACUUAAUGUUUACAUGGGAAAGUAAAACAGCAGAAGCAUCCUCUCUUGAGGCUGAGGCAAAGGCAAUCUUAGAAGGAGUAAUCUAUUGUGCUAAUAAUCAGUUUGUUCCCCUUAUUAUAGAGAGAGACUCACUUCUCAUGAGAAAGGUGUUAGAAGGGGAAUGGAAAGUAUGCAUGGACAUUAAUAAGAUUCAGGAAUGGAGACAGAAAGGGCAAACUCAAAUGGCUCAUAUGUUCAGAGAAGGCAACAAACUAGGAGAUUAUUUGGCUAACAUGGUUGUUCAUUUUGAAGGUUUUCUUCAAUAUCAUUCUUAUCAGGAUCUUCCAGCUGAGGCAAAGACUAUUGUUUUAAGUGACAAAAUGCAGAAGCCAAGAUUUAGAUUCAAGACUUGGAAAACUAAGGAACCAGAUUGA